UGAGUCCAGGCGCUAGCUGCCCCCCAGAGCCGCGGAGCGGGAGGAUGUGGGUGCCAGGACCCAGCCAGAUGCCCCCUUCCACCAAGCUCUGCAUUGAAAUCAUCCUCGCACUGCUUUGCCAGGGUGGGCUCUGCCAGGAGUCCGACUAUCGGAUCCAGGUCCCAUCCAACGUCACGGCCCAGCAGGGUCUCUGCGUCCUGAUCCCCUGUAAUUUCACAGCCAAUUUCGAGUCCUCCGGAGCCCCCUACAAAUACUGGUUUCUCAGGGAUGACAACAGGGACACCAGCCCGGCCGUGGCCACCACGGACCCUGACAGGGCCCUGCAGGCGCCUGGGGGCCGGAUCCGCCUGGUGGGGGACGCCCUGAACGACUGCUCCCUGCACAUCAGCGACGUGAGAGCCGGAGACAGGGACCGCUACUUCUUCCGCUUUGUGAAGGGAGACUUUAAAUACAGCUACGUGAAGACCCAGCCGCUGGUGGAUGUGACAGAGCUGACGGAGCAGCCAGUGCUGGGGGUCCCCAAGGUGCUGCUGUCCGGACAGCUGGUGAAUGUGACCUGCCAGGCUCCGGGGACCUGCUCAGGGACCCCUCCCCAAAUCACCUGGACAGGGGGGUUCGACUACACAGCCAGGAACGUCUCGGUCACCCUGGCGAACGGCAGCGUCUCCUACAGCUCUGAGCUCAGCUUCACGCCGGCCCCGGGGGAUGACGGCAAAGAACUCAUCUGCACCGUCACGUACCCCGCCGUGGUCGGGGUCUUCACCCGCACAGCCGUCCGGCUCCACGUCCGCGCCGGCUUCCCCCUGACACUCGUGGUGGCCUCGGCGGUUGGUGGGAGCCUCGUGCUGGUUGGUGCCGGGGCUGCAGUGGCCUGGAGAGUCAGGAAGGGAAGACAGGGCAGCAGGGAUCCCGCCAGGGCCGGACGGUGCCAAGGAACCAGAGACGGGCAGGUCUGUCACGCCUACGAGCAGCCGGAGUCCAUGGUGCCUUCCCACAGACAGGAUGCCACCAGGGAAGAGGGAGCCCUUGAGAAGAAAGGGGGAGGAGGAGGAGGAAGAUGGUACCAGGGGAGAGGUGACGGGGAACAAUUCACAGAUGAAAAUAUCUACGCCAACGCCUAAGGCCAGGGAGGGGGACGGGGUCACUGCAGGGCUCGAGCUAGAGAGACUGGUGGCAGCGGUGGGAUAGCCGACCUGCCUUGUGGCUAAGGUGCUAGCCUGGGUCACCGGACACCUGGGUCCUAUUCCCAGCUCUGCUACGGAAUGCCUGUGUGACUCUGGGCAAGUCCCUGCCCCCCCCCGCCCCGUGCCUCAGUUUCUCAGCUGUAACACGGGGAGUAUAUCACUGCAUUUGGCUACUUACGCCGUGAGCUUGUUGGAGAUGGUCUCUCGCUGUGUGGGCAGCACCUGGCACAACCAGGGCCUGUCUCUGGCUGUGUCUGGGCCGCGUCCUGCUCCCACCUCCCCACCCCCCAUCUCAGCUGGGGGCCACUCUGCUAAUACACCCGUGAGGCAGCUACUGCUCCAGACAGAGUUACGCCGAGCAGGUCGGCCUGUGUUAACCCUUUCACUGCUGCAGCUAAAUAAAAGCCAUUCCCAGCUCC